CCUGAGCGCCAGACGCGGAGCUGGGAAAAAGAGAGGCAGCGGAGGCGGUGUCAGAGCCAGCGCCAAAGCCAGCACCAAAGCCAGCACCAAAGCCAGGGCCAGAGUCGCAGCCGCACACAGAAACAGACCGUCCGGCGGGGCUGGGCACGCAGAACCGGCCCGGUGAAUCCUCCCGCGACGCGAGCCAGGUCCCAGAGAGCCAGGCUUUGGGACUGGCCUGAGAGUCAGGGACGCGAAAGCCGAUCCCGAGUCAGGCUUUGCUUGGCCUCCGACGGGUGCUGGCCCUUUUGAAGGCACCUUCUUCAACAGCAAGACCAGGCGGCCCAGCAUGACUGAAAACUCCACGUCUACUCCUGCAGCCAAGCCCAAGCGGGCCAAGGCUUCCAAGAAGUCCACAGACCACCCCAAGUACUCAGACAUGAUCGUGGCUGCCAUCCAGGCGGAGAAGAACCGCGCUGGUUCCUCUCGCCAGUCCAUCCAGAAGUACAUCAAGAGCCACUACAAGGUGGGCGAGAACGCCGACUCGCAGAUCAAGUUGUCCAUCAAGCGCCUAGUUACUACCGGGGUCCUCAAGCAGACCAAAGGAGUGGGUGCUUCGGGGUCCUUCCGGCUGGCCAAGAGCGAUGAGCCUAAAAGGUCAGUGGCCUUCAAGAAAACGAAGAAGGAAGUCAAGAAGGUGGCCACGCCAAAGAAGGCAGCCAAACCCAAGAAGGCAGCCUCCAAAGCCCCCAGCAAGAAGCCCAAAGCAACCCCAGUCAAGAAGGCCAAGAAGAAGCCGGCUGCCACGCCCAAGAAAACCAAAAAACCCAAGACUGUCAAGGCCAAGCCAGUAAAGGCAUCCAAGCCUAAGAAGGCCAAACCAGUGAAACCCAAAGCCAAGUCCAGUGCCAAGAGGGCCAACAAGAAGAAGUGACAGUGAAGCCUUUCUUGUGGACACUCCUGCCUGUCUCCUUAUUUUCUGUAAAUACUUUUUUCCUUCUCUUAUUCCUCAUCUGCAAUCCCUUGCCCCUUUGUAUUCUGACUAUAUGGGAGACAGAAUUUGGAUUCCUCAGAAAUUAGGAAAUAGUUCAUUUUUCUUUAACCAGUCGUGCAAGGACAGCAAAAACAAUCUCAUCUCUGUAGUGAUGAGAAAUAUUUUGUUCUGGUAAUUUGUUAUUAAUCUACUUAGGGUUUGGGGUGGGUUGGUAUGUUUUGUUUAGUUGGAUGGUU